UUGAGUGCUCCAAACGCGAUCCAGGCAGACGAUAUUUUAUAUUCUCCUUUAACAAGUGGUGAGAGAAGUCAAUUGAUCAAGCAUCGUCGUCGAUUUUAAGGAAAAGCUGACUCUUAUUUGACCCUGGAUUCAAUCCCCAAGAGUGGAUAAGCUCUGCCUAAACCAAUGGAGUCCAUGAAGCAAAACAACCCAAUUCUCACUUUCAAUGGCAAUCUGAUGUUGCCAGCAACCACAAAGUUUCUCACUGUGGUCGCCCUCUACAUAAUGAAUCAGCUGGAUACUUAAAGUGCAUGCGUCACGUCCACAAAUAAAAGGGGACUGGUGUGAACUAUCAAAACUGUCUUUCAUUUAUUCCUUUUUUUGAAAAUUCCAGUGCUAGGUCCGUCGCAAGAUAUUCCUUUCAUUUCUUGAAAUUGUGCUUUUUCUUCGAGUCGUUCCAAAAGAGACAAUGACAGUCACUUAUUCUCUGAAUGUGAGCAAGGCCCGCCUAUGUGGGUUUGCCAAAUUGCUCCUCAGGUGGCGAGGCAGCAUCUACAAACUGCUGUACCGUGAGAUGAUGAUCUUCUGCGGCCUCUACUACAGUCUCAGUGCACUCUACAGAUAUUGUUUCUCUGAAAACCAAAGAACAGUGUUUGAGAAACUGACCAUCUACUGUGAGGCAUUCACCAACCUCAUCCCAUUGUCAUUUGUCCUUGGGUUUUAUGUGUCCAUCGUAGUUGGUCGAUGGUGGCAACAAUACUUGGCCAUCCCCUGGCCUGACAAGAUCUCUAUGCUAAUCGCUACUUAUGUCCACGGUUCCGAUGAGAGAGGCAAGAUAAUCCGUCGCACCCUGGCACGUUAUCUGAAUCUCUUAAGUGUCCUCACAUUCCAGGCAGUGAGCACUUCUGUCAAGAAAAGGUUUCCCACCCUUGACCAUGUGCAGGAAGCCGGUCUGAUGACAAAAGAAGAGAGAAGAGUGUAUGAUGAGAUUCAGGUGACCCAUGGCAAGUGGUGGGUUCCAGCCCAGUGGUUCUCAGCCCUAGCUGCCAGGGCCAGGAAAGAAGGUCGUAUCAAGGAUGAUAUCUUAUUGCAAGCUCUGCUGGAUGAAAUGCAUGUAUUCCGUGGCAACUGUGGUAUGCUCUUUAGCUAUGAUUGGGUCAGCAUUCCAUUGGUCUACACACAGGUGGUCACCCUGGCCAUCUAUACAUAUUUCCUGGCUACCGUGAUGGGACGCCAGUACCUGGAUCCUGAGAAGGGAUAUCCAGGGCAUGAAGUAGAUCUCUACAUUCCAAUCUUCACCAUACUGCAGUUCUUCUUUUACAUGGGAUGGCUCAAGGUUGCAGAACAAUUGAUCAAUCCUUUUGGGGAGGAUGAUGACGAUUUUGAAUUGAACUGGUGUCUUGAUCGAAACUUACAGGUUUCAUUCAUGAUUGUAGAUGAAAUGCACCAGAAGCACCCGAGACUAGUGAAAGAUAUGUACUGGGACGAGCUGGAACCUCAACUUCCUUACACUAAGUCCUCCUUUAUGUUGAGGACACAGCCACAUCUAGGAUCUGCUGUCAAUCUUGACAUUGAUCCCGAAGAGAGUGAAUUCCUCCCCAUGGAAACUAUCAUGGAGGAAGACAACGAUGAAAACAACUACAACAGCCCUCCGCAGAGCCCGACCAAUGAGUUGUCACCUGCUUUCAGGUCCUACGCCGGCAGCAAGGUAAAUCUUCACGGGGGCAGUGAGGACACUGUCUCCCAGACAGGGUUGCGCUUUCUGGACAGCUUUCCAGGUGCCAAGCUCCUCAACAUGAUCAUUGGUUCCAGCUCCGAGAACGUGUCUGGGACUCCCAAGAAGGAGGGCAGCAUAUUCUCCGGAUUCGCCCUCAAGACGCCUAACCGCCGCUCUGUGGCUAGCUCCCUGGCUGAUGGCCUGCACGACCCAGGCAUUGACCCCCUCAUUCCAGUCACACCUGUUCAUGUGGAAGACCUCCGACAUGUCUGUCUGGACAUGCCAUCGGACUUCAGCCCAGCAGAAUCCGGUAACGCCACUCCGGCAACCGUGGUUGAGGCAUACAACCGGCGGCAUGAGGUUGAACAGCAACCAACCCCUGAGGAGGUCCUCCCACCUGAUUCGCCCACCGGGGAGGAACGCUCACCCUUCGAGCCAAACUCAUCGCAGGAGAGUCUAGCUCCUUACGCCGACAGCAACCAGAGCACAGUCAGCAGUUACGCCGAGCUCCUCAAGCAUCCCAAAUGAAUCUCUUGAGCAGAGGACCCAUUGCCAAGUUUUGUGCAAACUUCAUCCAUUGCACUCUCAUACGAUAAUGCUAGAUGUUUAGGUAUUCUUUGAAACUUGUUUUGCCCAUGAGUUCAUUGGUACUACUUCAAGGUGUAACUAUUGGAAAUUCAUUAAUUGGGUUAAAAGUUGUUUCUAAGUUAAUAUUUAUUGAGAAUGUGUAUAGGUCUCAGCUGCGAUUUAGGAAAAAGUAUUAUUUUUAUAUUUUUCAUAUGUUUAGUUUUCUGUUUUUAAAUGUUAAGUUUACUUUACUCUUCAGAUUUUGCUUUUCACUGUUAAGUUUACUUUACUCUUCAGAUUUUGCUUUUCACUGUUAAGUUUACUUUACUCUUCAGAUUCUCUUUUUCAAUGUUAAGUUUAUUAAUCUUCAGACUCUUUUUGUCUAGAUGGAAUUUUGCUUUCAUUUUUUCUUUUCAUGUUUCUUCAGUUUUCGCUUCAUAUAUUUUUGUUUUUGUUGGUUUAUUCAUGUAGACCUUCUAUUUGUAAGACAGUAAUUCAAUUCACUACUGUCAGUGAUUUUUAAAUGAUCUGACUUUAAACAAUGUCAAUUGCCUUUCAUCUUGUAAUUUUUUCUGUUCUAGCAAAGAUAAUGAUAUCUUAACCUUAAUUGAAUUUUGGUAACUUGCUACAUUAUACAAGGUCUUACUUGAAACAUGCCCAUAUCCUGUUUUUAAAAUGUACAAAUAUAAAACUAUUGCUAUUGGUUAUUUUAACGUAGUGUUUGAGAGAACAAAUAUUAAGUCCAUAGGAAAGCUGGAUCAUUUUUAAAAUGGACCUCAGUCUGUCCUAUUCUUGAUUUAAUUUAGAUAAUUUCUGAAUAGAUGGUUCACAACACAGUCUUUUCUUGCCAUAGAAGAAAAGAACAAAGCUGAUAAAUUAUUUUGAACAUAAUUAAUUGUUUUACUAUAUUCCAGAAAAAAAGUCUCGAUAACAACAUGAAUUUCUAUGCUGUUUUCUAUUUGUGCCAUGAGUGUUUCUAUGUAUGGAUCUUGUAUAUUGUUGAUGUAUUUUAAAAUAUUUUCGCAUAAAAAUUUCAAAAUAGUAAUCCAUAAUAAUUUUUCCAUGAGGCAAUGUUUCCCUCUGAGAAUCUCGGCGUACUUUGUCUAAACUCUCCGCACUUUUGAGCGAUUCUACAUUUUUUGAAAAUUUUCCCCUUGCUUAUUUACAAAGCAAGCUGCCAUUUAUUUGUAACCCUCUUAGAUUUACAGGCGCCUCCUUUUUAACCAUUUUUCUUCGAACGGUGCAUUUACACUCCCCUUACACUCUUAAAUGUGGUCAAACUUUUCCUCUCUUUCUCUCUUCUAUCAGUUGGCUGAUGAGAGGGACGUCUUCUCUCCAACUUUGCUGUACUGUUUCAAAGCCCUCAAGAAAUGUACCACAUUAAGUAAACUACAGCAAUUUUCUGUGUGUCAUUAUUUAGAAGUUGAUUUCAUUUUUUUUUUCUGAAACACUUCACGAUGUAUUUAAACAUCAUAUAAAUAAACAUCAUAUAAAUGGUUCGGAUGUACUCCUCUGCAUAUCUGGACAUUUAUUCGCCCAUGGACAGAUUGUUACCACUUUGUCUUGAGGUAGUUUUUGUUCCAUCAAGAAACUUCUGCUACAUAAUCAUUAAUGCAUCUUCUAUGAAUUAAUGUGAAGAACUUUGAUCUCCUAGUGUAUGUAAUAGUUAUACUGCAUAGGCAAUUCUCAAUCAUAGUAGUUCAAACAAGUUUUUUAUUUGAUUUCAUGAUUGAAGAUUUGUAGCGCUGCACUCUUUUUGAUCUUGUUAGUGUAGGCAGUUCAUUAUCUAUCAACUGGGGAUGACUCUAAGCUAAGGAAAUGGGCCGAAACAGUUGCUCCCAAAUGGAUGAAGAAAUAGUCUGGAUGAGCAAUGUUUAGGGUCUUAUGUCAACUAUCACUCAAUUUUUAGACUUACUUUUGUUUAAUCAUGAAUGUAAUUCAGCAAUUUUUUUUCAAAGUUGCUUUCUCAACUUAUGUUCUCUAAAGUACAUUCAGUGUGACUAGAUUCUCUAACUGUAUCAUAAAACUUAUUUGAUUUGAACUCAUAACAUGGGUUGCUAAUAGUGAUGCACAGAGUCACAAAGAAAACUAUUUUAUUGCUAAUUGUGGUCAUCCACAAAAAGUUCUCUUGUUGGCAAAGAAAAAAUAAGUAUGAUGCGUUUUUUCAUUAUGAAUUUUACCACUCCUCGUCCUAAUCGUUUAUUCUCUAUUUGCAACAGAAUGAUGUUUGGAAGUCCAGAUAUGCAGUGUUUUUUCUUUGCAUUUUCCAUGCACUCCGAGUGAUUUCAAGACUAAGCAGACUAGCAGGGCCUGAUUACUGAAUAGGCCAACUAGGCCGUGGCCUAGGGCCCCCACUUUUUAGGGGCCCCUAAAUGGCUAAUUUUUAAAAAAAACAAUAGCUAAAACUGUUUUUGCCAAUAACUGAAAAUGCAAGGGUUGACUACACAGGGGCCCCGAAAAAGCAUAUGGCCUUGGGCCCCCUGAUAUCUUAAUCGGGCCCUGCAGACUAGUGCUUAAACUUUCUCUCUUGUAUUAAAUGGCUGUUACCUUGCAACAAGGUGUGACUUGCCUAAUUUUACUACUCCUCGUCCUAAUCCUUUAUUCUCAAUUUGCAACAGAAUGAGGUUUUAAAGUCCAGAUAUGCAGUAUUCUUUCACUGCAUCUUGCAUUCGUUCCGAGUGAGUUCAAGACUAAGUUUUUCUCUUGUAUUAAAUGGUUAUUACCUUGCAACAAGGUGUGACUUGCCUAACACUGGUAUUUUCCCCGUUUACUAACUCUUAUUAGAGUUUGGAUUCAUGUUUUUGUUAGAUGUUCGUGUCUGUGGUGAUUAUAGCAAGGAAAUGUGACUGAAAGCACACCUUCCCGGGAAAAGUACUCAUUUAUGAAGCCUGAAUUUAAUGAGAUUCAUUGAGCAGUUGUAUUAAUGUAACAGAUGUCUGGUACAUUCCCAAAGAAUGAAAUAGGAGUGAUCGUUGUGUCUUUCCUUCACACAUUUACUUGCUUUCUUGGAGCAAUGCUGUUAGAUGAAACAAAGAAAUUGUUUGAAUUGCAUGAUAAUAAAUUCAGCCUGAAGUGAAAUGAAUAAAAUCCACCAAGAUACAAUUAAAAUUUACCAAUUAGUGGUCUCAUGUAGAAAAUAGUAUUUAUUUUUCUAUUUGCAUCUUUUAUCAGACCAUAAUUGUGUCAUCCUGUAUAUCUUUUCAAUGAACCUUUGCAGAUGAUAUUAAUAAUCUCCCAUGCUAUAUGGCAAUCCUAAGGCUUCAUGAUAAGAGGUAUGAAUCUACUAGUCAUUAUACUACUCAGUAUCACGGUUGUUGAGAACUGUACCAUUUGAAUUGUAUUUUUCAUGGUAUGCAAAUUUCAAAUAAAAUUUAUAUGUGAAGAUGAUUCAAAAAACACAUAGAAAGAUACCAAACCAAACUGGUGGUGUGUGGUCUUGAGAAAGAACGCCAGGUAAAAGAAACAACCAUGGUUUAAAACAAAAUACAACACCCAUAGUUAUUUGUUAUCUUCAUGACUGUAGUUCAAAUAGGUACACAGACCCGCUGCUUGAUAUGUAGAACGAACCUACAGUCGAAGUCACUGACUUCAUCAGUCCUCAUCAGUCCUGUGUUAACCUUCUAAUUGCUGAAUAUACUGUAUUUUCGAAUGCAAGUGCUGCGGCGCAUACGAGAAAAAAAGUUUCAAAAUUUCCUAUGCGGCGCUUACUUCUAAAAUGUCUUUAUAUUCAACUAAAGCUGCUGAUCUAUCGCUAGACUGUUCUUUGGUGUAGGACGAACAAAUGCAGUAAUUAUUUCGUCCUUAGCUUCAUUCUUUUGGGGAUGUACGUGACCUCUUAUUCUGAAUAAAAUUCAUGUCUCUUUCCGAAAGAAUAGAUAUAUUAAGUAUGAGUUUUGCUAUUUUUCUAAUCAUUAGAUUUGUGUUCAAAAACAGCGGAGCUAUUUAGCUUUUAUAAAUAGAAAGGUAAAGAAAAAUACUAGACAGCAUAGAGGGCUUUCAUAUGAAACUAUUUCUCUAAAAGUGGAGUUAUGAUUGCCCCCAUUGUUUUUCAUUUCUCUUGAGAGAGGUACUGAUAUGACUACUCGUAGUUGCGCCUGAAAUACGCGAUGCCAUUUUUUACUGCGGAAUAAAUGAAUAUGAAUCGGUCUGUGAUAUAAUUUUCCUACGAAGGUGCCUCUUGGAUCAUUUAGUCAGGAUGUGUACUAUGUGAAUACAAAUUCAUGGAAACACUGCUAACACAGGUACUAAUUUACUUCUGUCCGUUUAGGAUUCUAAAUUUUUUAUUACUCUUUCAAAUUUGCAAUAUUUGACUGAAAUUUCAUGAACUUUCUUGGCUGGCAUUCAAGGUAUUUAAAAUUUCUUUUUUUUUUUCUUUCUGAACUGAAAAGAAUAUUUUAGAUUCGAAUUGAUUUUAAUCUUUGUGCAAAAAACCUAGUUUGCGCACUGUUUGAGGAUUAACAUGUUUUUGUCUAUCGAAGCAAAAAUGAAAUCUUUAUUUAUUUAUAUAUUUUUUUUCUUCAAAACAAGUGAAAAAAAAAUCUGAAAACUAAUUUUGCUUUUCAGAUUUCCAGAGAAUAUUUCUAUAAACAAUUCAACCUUGAAUUUGUAUUCAUCUAGAAAUAAAACAAGAUAUCUUCUGUUUUUCAAUCAUAUAGUGACAGAAAGAAAGCAAUGAGAUUGUUGUAAUGACAGCAUGUUUUCUGAACUAAUUUAUUUACUUAAAUUUAGGUUGAUCAAUAAAUCUAUUUUUUUUACAUAUUUUAAAUUGUUCUGAAUUGUAUGAACCAUUGCGUUGAAGGAAUUAAUGUUUACUAAAGUUAGUUUUCACAUAUCCAUGAGUUUUGUUACACCUUACUUGUUUCAACCAAAGUUUUUUUUUUUUUUUGCUUUGGUCAGCUCUUUAUUGCGACAAAAAUGUACAACACUACAUUAAAGCCAUGGCAAUCUUUCCAUAAUAUCUUCUUUAACGUUUUCAAAGGGUUGAAUAGUUGAUGUAGCAAACAAUCUGCAAAUUUUUGCCAAGAUUUGCCUGAAAUUUGUUUUAGCAUUAAUUUUUUAUUUAAAAAAGCGGAAAAUGACUGAUCAAAUGCGUUUCUUUUUAUAUGGUCAUGGAUGUAAAUAGUAUAGGUUAAUCAGAAGAUAUUUUGGGAUCAAACAUUUCCGCAUCCUUUUUGGUGAUGUGCAUUGAAUGUGCAACCAAUUCUGCUGGUGAAGUGAGGCUGUUUUUCAACUCUUGCUGGUCAUUUAUCGAUGUAAACAUUUCUAACAUUCUUGCUAUUUGGAUCUACAUUGUAUAUUUUUGAGCUUUGUUGUAUUUCUUUUUAUCCUUAGAUGAAAUAAAUGUAUGUGCUUGCCAAA